AUGACACAUUUUACCCCUCCACCACCUUACCUCCACCCACCACUAACACCACCUCCGGCCACCUUCUCCACCGCCAACCUCCGGCGAACUCCUCCGCCACCGAUCUCCGGCCAACUCCUCCUCCGCCGACCUCCGGAGAAAUCCUCCGCCACCGACCUCCGCCACCGACCUCCGCCACCGACCUCCGGCCACCGAUCUCCGGCCACCUACCUCUGGCCAUCAAUCUCCGACCACCUACCUCCGGCCAUCGACCUCCGACCUCCGGCCAUCGACCUCCGACCUCCGGCCACCGACCACCGGCCACCAACCUUUGACCUCCGGUCACCUCCUCCGACCGCCGGCCACCACCUCCAACCAACAACCACCACUCCCUCAACUACACAAAACACUAAAGUGGAAGAGUUACUGGCUCUUGGAGGACAACCAACGGCUCUCUCGAACAGUAAAGUGUAUGCUAUAACUCAAACCUCGCCUCAAGGAAUUUCUCCGGUGUGA